AUGGUUCGCGCGUUCGUCGCCGGCCUGCUGGCUCUGGCUGCCGGCGCCGUGGCCGAGACGAUCAACCUGGACUUCAACGUCUCGUGGGUCAUGGCCAACCCCGACGGUUUGGCCGACCGCAAGGUCAUUGGCAUCAACGGCGAGUUUCCGCUGCCGCUCAUCAAUGUCACCAAGGGCGACCGCCUGGUGGUCAACAUGUACAACGGGCUCGGCGACAAGAGCACGUCGAUCCACUGGCACGGCAUGUUCCAGAACGGCACCAACAGCAUGGACGGUGCGUCCAUGUUCACGCAGUGCCCGAUCCCACCAGGCUCCAGCUUCACAUACAAUUUCACCGUGGAACAGACCGGCACGUACUGGUACCACUGCCACACCGACUACUGCUACCCCGACGGCUACCGCCAGGCGCUGAUCGUCCACGACCCGGAAGCGCCUUUCUACAAUGACUACGAGGAGGAGUUUGUCAUGACGCUGUCGGACUGGUACCACGACCUGAUGGAGGAUCUGAGCACCCAAUUCUUGUCGCUCUACAACCCGACUGGCGCGGAGCCCGUCCCCAACUCGUUCCUGAUGAACGACGGCCAGAACCAGACCUUCCACGUCAAGCCCAACACGACGUACCUGCUGCGCAUCAUCAACUCGGGUAACUUCAUUGCGCAGUACUUUUACAUAGAGGGCCACAACUUUACCAUUGUCGAGGUCGACGGCGUGUACACGGAGCCGCAGGAGGCCAGCACCCUGUACGUUGCCAUUGCCCAGCGCUACAGUGUACUGCUGACGACGGCCAACUCGACCGAGGUCAACUACAAGAUAGUCACCGUGGCCGACUCGGACCUGAUGGACACAAUCCCCAGCAAUCUGCAGCUCAACCAGACCAACUGGCUGGUGCUCAACGAGAACGCGCCGCUCGAGCAGGCCGUCGUCACGGCCGCCACAAGCGACGACAUCGUUGCCUUUGACGAUUUCACGCUCGUGCCCAGCGACCGCAUGGCGCUGCUGCCGGAGCCGGAUAUCCAGAUCAACGUGACCGUCUACAUGGUGAACCUGAUCAACGGCUUCAACUACGCCGAGCUGAACAACAUCACCUACACCAUCCCCAAGGUCCCCUCGCUGUACACGGCGCUUUCGGCCGGCGACCUGCGCACGUCCGAGGUUGUGUAUGGCGAGUACACCCACCCGAUUGUCCUCGGCCACAACCAGGUCGUCGAGAUUGUCCUGAACAACGGCGACACCGGCUCGCACCCCUUCCACUUACACGGCCACACCUUCCAGGUCAUCAACCGCGAGCCGCCCAUCGGCCCAGACUUCAAUUCGUACCGGGACGGCGACCCGGUCGCCUACGAUGCGAACAACCACACCGACUUCCCGCCGAUCCCCAUCCGCCGCGAUACCGUGGUGCUGCCGCCCCAGGGCUUUGUCGUCAUGCGCUUCGUGGCGGACAACCCGGGUGUCUGGGCCUUCCACUGCCACAUUGACUGGCACAUGGCCUCGGGUCUCGCCAUGACCUUUGUCGAAGCGCCCGAGCUCAUUCCCACCCACGUCGAGGUCCCCGAUGACCACUAUGCGGCCUGCGCUGCUGCUGCCGUGCCCACGGUCGGCAACGCCGCUGCCAACGCCCAAAACUUCUUGGACCUCACGGGCCAGAACGCCCAGCCCAAGGACAUCCCCGACGGCUUUACGCCGCGUGGCAUUGUCGCCAUGACCUUCACGGUCCUGUCGGCCGUCCUCGGCAUCAUCUCCAUCAUCUACUACGGCCUGGCCGAUCUCAAGCACGCCCCCAAGUCGGCACCCGCAGCGCGCGACUCAUCGGAGGGUGAGAAUGCGGUGACCACGACCUCGAUGCCCAAGCACGGUUGA